AACCCGAAGCUUUUAAAAAUUAGGGAACCCAAAGGCGCCACCCCUAUAUUAUGCGGAGUAUUCGUCAGUCCUCGUACAUGUCGGAAGUUUUUGGGGGUAUUAUUCGAUAACGACCGAUGGCUUCUUCGGGAUCUGUAGCUUUAAGGUACGAAGUUAACUGCGACUUCGUCCAGCAGAAAAACCUAAUUUCCCCAUUAUCAUCAUCAGUUGUGUUCCAAGUGCAGAGCAUCUUUAGAUUAAGCGUGGCAGGAAAUCCUAUGACGGAGUUCCUGGAGAAGAAGGGUUGGCGGGAGAGAAGGCAGUCAUCCCUCGAGCUUCCUUGGUCUACAGACGAGGGAUUAAUAAUAGAUGAUGAUCACAAUCUUAAAAUAUCCGAAACCCUUACUCUCCUUAAUGUUCCCAAAUCCUAUCAUCAGCUCAUCAUCCGCGGAGUCCCCCCGCAGAGUGUUGGCGCCUUACAUCUCGUGGGCGUAGCUCCAAAGCUUCUGGUGCAUAUCUUAGAGGUGACUCACCUUACACUCCCGCUGAUUGACGAACAAGGAAGAGCAAUCUGUCCGGAAGGUAGAAGAGAUUACGCCUUCAUGAGUUAUGGUCUUCAAACAGAAAAAGAAGAAUUUGAUCAGGCAAAAUUUGUAGAUUCUAUCAAGAAGUUAAUUGUGGUAGCAGGAGGCGUUGAUGAAGAGGAGGAGUCUGCCUAUAUAGACAAAUGGUUUUGGGAUGUAAUUCAUGCCAUCAAAAGACUUGCUUGGCCUGUAACUAAGAAGGCAAUUGUGGUAGACGACGAGGAGGAGCGGACUUGCCCCAUCUGCUUGGAAGUAAUAUUAGAACUACACAAGACAUGGAGGAAGAUGCCUUGCUGCUCUAAAGCUUUCCACCGCGAUUGCAUCUCAAUUUGGACAGCCGAACGCGUCAACAAGUGCCCCUGGUGCCGUUCCUCCUUGCCACUCGUGCUUCAGUCUGCAAAGGGUCUGAUUCGACGUCUCAAUUCUGAACAUUUUUUUUGUACAAGUCGUCCUGGGUUUCAUGAUCUAUUGCUGAUAUUAUGGCAUCUUUUGUCUGAAAGAGUUUGGUGGACCACUCAGGUAGUACAUGAGCUCGGUUGCAACUGUGGUUGUCAAACUGCAAACAUUGACAUGAUAAGAGCUUAGCCAUUAGCAUCAGUUUGAUAACUUUGAUUCCUCAAUCAAACUGGAUGCUACUCUUAUUUAUACUGGCUAGUUAAUUUUCUAUAGUGGCAAAGUAUUAUAAGGCUGUCCAAGAAGAUUUUUUAUUUAUUUAACAUUUGCUAGCAAUAAGGCACUGUUUUGUGCAACACAGUUUGCAAAUAUCCAUUUAAUGGAUGAUGAGAGUAAUAAAGCUGUAGCUGUUCA